GUAAGAUGGCGGAACUGGGGAAGAAGUACUGCGUGUACUGCCUGGCCGAGGUGAGCUCCCUGCGCUUCCGCUGCACCGAGUGCGCCGACAUCGAGCUCUGCCCCGACUGCUUCUCGGCGGGCGCCGAGAUCGGCCCGCACCGCCGAUGGCACGGCUACCAGCUUGUCGACGGCGGCCGCUUUACCCUCUGGGGCGCCGAGGCCGAGGGCGGCUGGAGCAGCCGGGAGGAGCAGCUGCUGCUGGACGCCAUCGAGCAGUUCGGCUUCGGCAACUGGGAGGACAUGGCUGCUCACGUGGGAGCAUCCCGGACACCUCAGGAGGUGAUGGAACACUAUGUAAGCAUGUACAUCCAUGGCAACCUGGGAAAAGCCUGCAUACCUGACACUAUUCCCAACAGAGUAACGGAUCACACGUGUCCCAGCGGCGGCCCGCUCUCUCCAAGCUUGACCACGCCGCUCCCGCCGUUGGAUAUCUCGGUGGCUGAACAGCAGCAGCUGGGAUACAUGCCUCUGCGGGAUGACUACGAGAUUGAGUACGAUCAAGACGCAGAGACUCUGAUCAGUGGCCUUUCGGUGAACUAUGACGACGACGAUGUGGAAAUAGAGUUAAAAAGAGCUCACGUCGACAUGUACGUGAGGAAACUCAAAGAGAGGCAGCGGCGGAAGAACAUCGCGCGAGACUACAACUUGGUACCGGCCUUUCUGGGGAAGGAUAAAAAGGACAAGGAGAAGGCUCCUAAACGGAAGAUCACAAAAGAAGAAAAGGAGUUGAGGCUGAAACUGAGACCUCUGUACCAGUUCAUGUCUUGUAAGGAGUUUGAAGACUUCUUUGAGAACAUGCACAAGGAAAGGAUACUCCGAGCGAAGAUUCGGGAGUUGCAGCGGUAUCGUCGGAAUGGGAUCACCAAAAUGGAGGAGUCAGCAGAAUACGAGGCAGCCAGGCAUAAGCGGGAAAAGAGGAAGGAGAACAAAAACAUAGCUAGUUCCAAGAGAGGAAAGGAAGAUGGUAAAGAAGGUGAAUUUGCUGCCAUUGAAAACCUGCCUGGCUUCGAACUGUUAUCGGACAGGGAAAAGGUGCUCUGCAGCUCCCUAAAUUUGAGUCCUGCACGUUAUGUGACUGUAAAAACUAUCAUCAUUAAAGACCAUCUCCAAAAGAGACAAGGAAUUCCUUCAAAGAGUCGCCUUCCCAGUUACUUAGAUAAGGUACUGAAGAAAAGGAUUUUAAACUUUCUAACAGAAAGUGGUUGGAUAUCCAGGGAUGCUUCAUGAAACUGCGCUGAUCUGAAUAAACACAGCAGAGGCCUAUUACAGCCUCAAGGACUCCGUUAUUUUUCCUUCCCUCCCCAAAGAUACAGAAACAAUGUCACUUAAACAACAAAAAAAGAGGAAAUCUGUAAACCCCCCCAAUAUUCGUGAUCCAUGGUUCAAAUAAGACUUUUGCUUUGGAUCAUGGAAAAUAAUUAAUUGAGAAACUUCUCCUUUGGAUUUCACUGCUUUUGGUACAUUAUUACAACGGAUUUCUUUCAUGUGAACUUACUCAAGUCCAGUAGUCCCAGAGUAGUUCCUUUACUCUUUACUACUGGACAAAUGAGUAUCAGCAUAGUCCUUGCUUUUCUUUGAAGGUGGGAGAUAGUUUCAUUUGCUGGAAACUUUCUUCUCCCUUUGCUUUGUUUUUUGGUGUAAUGCUGGCAGCAAAGUGAAGCUUACAGAAAUCCUGAGCUCAGGAGACGGUGAGCAGGGAUUUUUGUGACCCUUGUUAAGCUUUCAGAACAUUUUCCUUAGUAACUACAGCCAAAGUGCUGGGACAGCGAGGCGAGUUCUGUCGAGAAUACAGCAGGGAUGAGCCAUGGCAGGGAGCAGAAGGAAAGAAAUGUGGUACAUGAGAUGCCUUCAGGUACUUGUGCUGUGGAAAGGGUUCUAGAAGAGCUGCCUUCACACCCAGCUGAUCCAGACACAGCUUUGAGCUUUUGCUGAAACUGACCCACUGAAGCUUCAAGUGUUUAAGUAAUUAGUAUCAAAGUUGCAGGAGUCCACAACAGCUGUGAUGCUCUGCUGCAGUGGAGGGGUCAGCACUACUGUGAAGUGGCUGAUUUGGGCCAGAAAUGGGGUUUGGGAAAACAGGCAGUGAGAUACUUUGUAGAAUCACCACUUCCUCUUGUGCAGGAAGCCUACUCCUCCUUUGGUACCUAACUUCUGAGCUUGUAGGGGCUGAAGAGCUGCCUCCUUCUGAAUUUGAUUGGGAGGGGCAGGGAAAGGGAGUGAGAGUUUCAAACUGAGAGUGAUCACUGAGAUUGGUUUUUAAAAACCAUGAAAAACGAUACAGAUUAGGUUAAAAAUGCACAGCUUGUACAGCUGUGCAUCAAGCCUUUACCUGGUUCUAACUGCAGACACCUUGAAACGUACCAGACUAAACACACUGAAAUUACUGACAUGGUAGGACAACUGAGUGCAGCCAAUACCAUGAGAACAAGGUCCCUUGAGAGGUAACUUGUCACAGCUCAUAACCACAGUCUGAACUGGGUGCUUGUGACAGGCACCAGCUUGUGCUGCAACACGGCAGGUAUCAGAAACGCCUGACCCACAGCACUGUUUCAGCAGGAUCUACCAGUUAAGGGAAAGAUGUUGAAGAACUAGAAAAGAUUUUUAUACUAAUGUUAUCCUUAAAUUCCUGUGCUGGUAUUUAACCAAAUUAGUAAAAAGUGGUGGUUGCAUGUUGAAGAUGGCACAGUGUUACUUGUGCCUAAGCAGCUUUACUAGUUUUGUCCAGAGCAGGAAGCUGUGACUGGAGGCCACUUGGGCAGGUUCUCUGGAGUGCAGGUGUUGCCAAAGUGUGGAACUGGACUGGCUUCAGAACAAGUGUAAGCUCUGGAAAUGCCAUCUUGGUUUGAAGCUUUGGGCUGUAGUCAGUGAGGAUACCACUAAAAUCUUAAAACAGUAUUAAUUCUGCAACUUGGCAGAAGUAUACUGAUCAGAACUGGGUUCUAGUUGAUCUAUCCAGCAUUACCAAAAUAGUGUUACCAGUGAGUCUAGAAUAAGAGGUACCAUUACAAAGCCAGCAUUUCUAAGGAAGAAAGAACCAAAACUCUAGUGCCUUUUUCUUUCGAGCUUGUGAUGUUAUGUAUGUCCCUUCAAAAAAGGUAAGGGCUAUGUCCUCUUGGAUGUAAUACUUUGUUUGGCUUACCUUUAAGUGGCUUGUUGUGGAAUACUUGAGACUAAACUGUCUCUCCUUGGCACCAGUGGAAUUAACUGCACUUCCACCUUAUAUACAUGUACAAACACCACACAAGUUCAUAAGGUAUAAAACCUUCGUUAUUUUCUGUCCUACUCCUGAGGAAAGCAAGCUCAGCCUUUCUUUCUGGUAUUGUAGUUAUGCAAUUUGAUUCUUCCUGUAAUUUGUUUCCUAACUGCCAUAACAUACCAUUACUGAUUCUGUUUUGGAGCCUCAACUCUGCAUGUAGCUGGGAGUUUAAAAUAAUUGUUUGGGGUUUUUUUACCCCCCUCAAAUCUGUGUUUUUUAUAUUUCUACAGUGUACUGGCAAAUCUAACUGAAGCAAUAGUCUUGAGCCCAUCUGAACAAUAACGUAAAAAAACUAGGCACCAAUGAGUCACUUAAAUGUUGAAGUGAAUUCUGCAUUUACACUUCGUAGUUCCUUAAUUCCUCAGCCCCUCCAAAAUGUUUCUUUGGUGCUAGAUGUAACUUAUUGAACAUCAAAAUGAAUGUAAAAUAAAGUAUUUUUAAUGUAUGAAA